GUUAAAUUCGAUAUGGAUAGUGCCCUAGUUGGGGAACGAGGGAAACGUCAUACAAGACGAAGUAAAUUACUUGAAGGUUCUUUUUGAUCCAAGGUAGGACUGUGUAGGAUGUAGGAUCCAGUGAAAACAUCCAGCCUGAAGGAUUCUGUCCACAAAGGAAAAUGGAGGUCGCAGAGAACUACCUGGGCCAGAUCACUCACGUGAUCGACCCAGAUAACUUCAGCAUGCAGGUCGGCACAGAUGAGUCCCUGGCAGAGUUUAUACAAUUUGAGAUGAGGUUGGAAGAUUUUGGCCAGAACUGUACCCGACCGAUGGACCUGUAUACCUUGAAGAUUGGAGAUAUAGUUUUAGUAGAUUGUAUGGAAACUGAAAAGGGGUGGAGAAGGGGACAAGUGGCUAAUGUCAAAAGUGAGGAGUCUGUUGUGGAUGUUGUGUACAUAGAUUAUGGGAGUUCGGAACACGUCGACAAGUCGCGGCUGUGCAUAGAUUUCCCAGAGGAAUUUCUACAGUAUCCAGCCAUGGCCCUGAAGUGUCAACUCUCCGGAAUCAGACCGAUUGCCAGAUCAUGGACAACAAAAGCAGUUAAGAUGUUCUCGGAACUUACCCAUGGGAUCGUCUUCCACACCUUCUUCCUUCCGCCCUCGCACAUGUUCAAAUCAAUGGUGGCGCUGUAUUUCCAACAAGGGACAGAGAACUCUAUCUGGGCAGGGCGAUCUCUAGCUCAUGUGUUGAUGGAUCAAGAAUUGGGCAUUGUGUCGGAGAAUGAAAUGACAGAGUUUUUGGAAAAUGCUCCAGAGUUUUGUAGGGAAAAAAUACGGCAGGCAGCUUAUGCUGAAUCCAGUGAAAACAAUCAAGAGAUAUUCGGAUAUGAAGAUGGCAGUGAUGCUCAUGUAUCUGCUUCAGACUAUUUGGCUAGAAUGAGUAAUGGAGAGGAGAGUGAAGAAGAGGGUGGAUUUUCCACUGACAAUUUCACAGAUUUCCAGUACAGCAGACCAUCGGGGGCCACUGACGGGAAUUCCCCUUCUGAUAUUUACGAGCCGUCAAGUGAAGAGGUCAUCUCAGAGAGUGGCAGUUCCCCCGAUGGGUCCCUCAAUCCGUCCAAAAGCACCGAGGUGCACAACUCAGGAAAUAAGGUCGUUAUCUCGGGGUUUGACUUUGAUCGAAUACAUCACACCAAGGACAUCUGUACUGACCGUUUGUCGGAGAGAAUAGCAGAACAAGCGCGGCAGCAGUUGGAGCAGGAGAAUGAGAAGAUAAUGGAGGAUGUGAAAGAAUGUAAAAGUCUGGCCGUAGAGGCUGGUUAUGGUGAAGUGGACCACAGAGAGGAGUCGCUGCCUCCUAGGUUCAGAUCAGCAGCAAGGACAGAACUCCCACCACCACUAGUGCCUGAGACCAUGGGUACCAGGGACCCACCCCCGGGGUCAGUCAGACCCUCCACUAGUCAACCCUUGAUGGAAGACCGCUUGCCCAGUAAGCGCUACUCUCUGACUCGCAGAGAGGCCAGGCCUGGGGUAGAGGAGAGGAUGGAAUUGGGGCCAUUCAGGGGGAGAGGCCGAGGAAAGCAAGACAAGUCUUGCUCAGUGCGCCCAUCAAGUAGCAGCCCUGUGAUUGGUUUAUCCGGGCCCCGCCCCACUAGUGGGAGCCCUGUGAUUGGCUCUCACUCCUGUAUUACCCCCAAGGUUGCUUAUGAGAAUUAUACUCUAGACACCCCACCUGCCAGCAAUAACCUUGAACAGUUCGUAAACAGUGCAUCCCCAGAAAAGCGAGAAGAAAUGGUGCACACACUGCAAAAGAUCUUUUCAGACACAGGGAAAGAUUCAGACGAGGAGACAAGAGUUCGCCUCCAGAGCUUAUUCUUCACAGAUUUGUACAUGUACCUUGACAAGGAGCAACUGAAGGAAGUGAUUUAUUUGUUGCUGAACAGAGCGGUCCGUUACUAUGGAGACAUACAUGACGUAUUGCUGGAUAUCAUUCAGAUAUUGAGUGUGACGGAGGAUUUCAUGGACUGUCUGUAUGAGUCUUGUAAGAAGAUAGAAGAAAACUAUAUCAAGGUCCAAUACAUGGGGAGCCCUUUCCACCUACAGGCCAGCAAGGUGUUGUCCCACCUGUUCACGAUGAGUCUCCACUGGACGGCCAGCAACAAAAUUCAGGAACUGGUUUUAUCAGCUUUGGAGAAGUGGAUCAUUUUCAAUAAAACAGCGCAUCAGACAGGACAAGACAAAAUACAGGAAGUGUACUUGGAGUGUUUCAACACAGUGUGGUGCAUUGUGGGAAAUGACAUCUGUAAAAUUUAUCCAGAGCAGAAAUCUCGGUUACAGAGGGAGUGUAGAAACAAGAUCCUGAACGACAAUGUGUCCAGGUUGGUGAGGUCCAAGCUGCUGGACAUCUACAUAGAGAAGUUUGUCAUCUCCUCUACCACCAGCAAGGAGGACGGCUCCACCCAGACGGAGACCCCACUGUGUGUGUCCCAGGGAGUGCAAACAGACAUGGUCAAAAUUACAGGCAGACAAUCUCAGCCGGAAUCUCAAUCACCUGUUCCCAAGGAAACAUCAGACAAGGGAAAACAUUCCAAGAUGAGGACACCCAACAUAAAGUCUAAAGCUUACAGAAAUGAAACCCAGAGAGACAAAGAAUGGCCCAAGUUGUCCAGCCCCAAAGUACCUGAUUGGACCAAUUCUUUGCUGGAUAGUCCAAAAGUGUCUGACUGGAACAACCUGGAGGGAAAUAGUUCCAGUCUCCUACACACUCCGGAUUCUCCGAAUAGCAGCAUGUAUUUUUCUACUGAAGAAAAAUCGUUCCACAGUUCUCCAGAUAUGAAGAGGAAAUCUCCAUUUUUGAAUUCUCCUGACAAUCUGAGGACAAGAAGUCUUCAUCAGCUACGGAAUCCCAGAGAAUCUCCAACUGUGUCAUCGGAACCAAUGCAGACAUUCACAAACUGGUCAGACAAUAUCGUUUUUGGUUCACGGUCAAACUUUUUAUCCAAGGAAAAUCUACCGGAAAACUCUGAAAACGAACGGAAGAGCAAGCUACUACAAAGUAAGGUCUUUCAGUAUGUCAGUAAGAAUCCAGACACAGCUGGGGCUCAAAGAACUCACCAACAUCCUCCAUCCUCCCAACAACACAGCUCUAAAGCUAAGAACAUGUCUAGGACUAAUGGCGAGUUGUACUCUAAAAAGGCAGGAAGUUUCAAAGAAGCAGCAAGAUCUAAGAGUGGUGGAUCUGACUCGUGUUGGGACAUGGGUGGUGGCAGCAAUGUCCAGUCAUCUGUGGGAUCAGAGGAGGAUUCAAGUGGCAGUGAGAAGAGGCCCAAGGGCAGGGGAAGAGGGAGAGGGUCUAAGAAAGAGCUGAGUGAACCACAGAGACCCACUACUCCAAAUCAGAGAGCAGAUGGCAUGGAGAGGAAAUCACAAGAUCGAGUCAACUACCUUAAGAGGGAAAAUCCAUUAAGGCAAAGCAGUGAAAAUCCAUUAAGAAAUGAAAAUGUCAAUAACAACUGUGGUGAUGUAAGUGGUGCUAGUGGUGGAAAAUCCACGAAAAAAGAGAUGGACUGGUUCGAAAUGAAGGAAGUGGAUAUCGGAAUGAGUUCUGAGAUGGUAAAACCUUCCAGCGAGCAGGAGGACAAUGUGCCUGAUGACUGGUACGAGGCCAGCGAUGAGGAGAAAAGUGCCAAAGAUUCGCAGAACAGCGAUGUGCAGGCUCUACCAAGCGAAGGGAGCGAUGUCAUAGCAAACAAAAGGAAGGCAGCGAAGAGCCAAGUGUUGAAUAAAGGUGAUUCCUCAUCAUUGUCCUCGAAAGAGGAUGAGGAGUCCGCAAAGUUUAAUGGAGAAUUUGGUAGUGGUGAUGGACAAUUAAGAAAUGCUGAUUUCUCCGACGACGGUGUUGAUGAUGGGUCGUGGACUACAGACAGUUCCGACGAUGACAUUCGCUUACAAGUGGAGGAUUCAAACCCUCAAGUGUCCGAAAAUUCUGGUGUGUCAAAAUGGGUUCCAGGACAGAGGAAGUGUACGCUGUGUGGAAGCCAUGAUCAUUUGAUAUACAAGUGUCCGAGGAAGAGAGACAACAACUUCUUCCUGUGAACAGUGCCAUUAUGUUGUUCAACUAUAAGAAGAUUUGGGAGGAUGUUUGCUUAAUCAAAAUAACUCAUUAAUUUGUGAAAAUGAUUUUUGAGGGGGGAUUAUUUUAAUUUGGGUUGGGGUAGGGGUAAGGGUAUUAAUAUGGGGGUAUGUCAAGGAGUGAGUGUUAGAUCUGAAGACUUACAUGAAACUAGUUAAUAGAAUCUUAUCUCUUUGUAGACAAAUUGCAUUUCUAUUUCUAUUAUUUUUUUUUUUGCAUGCGAACCAUCUAUGCAGAAUGGCUUUUUUCUUUUAAGUUGUUAAUAAAUUUAAUUUUCAUUUUUUAAUUUUGAAAUGUUUCUAUAAGAAAUGAAAUCUUAAGCAAGAGAUUAGAGAUUAAUUGCCUGGUUAUGAACAUAUGAUGGAAGCAAUGAGGCGUGAAAUCGAAUGGUAAGUUUGCUCUACUUACAUAUUGUGGUUGAUUUCAUUUUACCUUCUUUUAUUUUUUGACAACUCACUGUACAAGGUAUGUGCAACAGACAAAGUAUCAUUUGUUUCCUAUAGAAAAUAUAAAUGCCAGUUUGUAAUGAAUUGAAAAUACAAGGAUGUUAUAUGCUGGUUGUACACAGUAACUAAUAGACAAUAUUUUUCCUUUUACUUGAAUUUUGUUAAAAUUUGCUCUCAGAUUUAGAAUCUCUCUUUCUGUGUAAUUCAAAGAAAAUUGCUAGUUUUGCACACAGUUUUAAAUGAAGCUUGUAAAACAUUUAAAAAAGGUUAUUGAAUUAGAUAGUACUUGACAUUAGAAUGAAUGUUUUAAAAAGUUUUGUUUUUAAUUAUCAAACAUAAUGAUUGACUGUAAUGUUGUUUUUAAAGGUUACCCAAAGGUUAAAAUUUCAUUCUAUUUACAUUAGUACAGUAAAACUCGUUUAGUACGAACACGGAUAUUGCGAAUUUACGGAUAUAGUGAAGUCAUCUUGGAUCCCCAGCUAUGUAAAUAUAAUGAAUUUCUUAUACAGUUAUAACGAAUUACGGAUAUAGCGAAAUAAUUUCCUAGGUCCCAGUGACUUCGUUAUAACCGAGUUUUGCUGUACUAAUAGAUGCCAAACCAGUAGGUUACAAAAAAGUGCCUUAAAUAUAUUACAAAUGUAUACUUUAAUAUCAGUCUCCCUUUUCUCUAAAAGUUAAUAUUUCUUUUAAAAAAUUGAUAAUUGAUAAAAUUGUUCUGUUAACUUUGCCUCUGUUGCUGGUUUGAAGAUGGGAGAAAUACUUCAUUGGUAAAUCAUUGAUUUCAACUAAAUGUACCCUAAAUGUUUGUUCUGUAUUAAUUUUGUCCUUGAUUAUUCAAAGUUUAUGUUAAGUUUCACUUUAAUAAUUACAAAAUUGAAAUAUCAAGAGAAAUGAUACCUAAUUUAGGCCUGUCAGGAAAUGCCUUUGCCAGAAGCAUUUUGUUUUUAUUUCGAUUGAUUUUCUUUUCAUAAAUGUCAGCUUGCCAAACUGCCUAAAUUCUUAAAUUCCACAGUUUUUAUUUUUUUCUAUAUUAAAAUAAAUAACUGCUGGCCUUAUGAAAAUUGAGUACCAUAAAUCUUAUAGCAUAAUAAAAAUGAAGGCAAUUUUUCUAUUGCAUCCUGUUGUAUGUUUCCCUGGGGGUUCUUAUUUGUAGGUCUCUCACAAUUAAAAGCAUUAGUGUCAGAAUUCAAUCACUUGAAGGUCAAAUUAUGUAAAAGUGCCUAAAAAAAGAAAAAAAAACACAAUCAAAUAAAAAAAUAACACAGCUUUAACAGAGCUAUGACGGGUGAGCCCUAUAUACCCAAUUCUUUUAUACAUGUAUAUCUGCUAUUUAUUUGAAAACUGUUGCUGUUAUUUUUAUUUUUUGAAUUAAGAAAAAAAACUGAGGCCUUGUUUAUGUCAUUAUGUUGGCUACUUUGGAAUUCACCAAAUUAUCACAGUAGACAUUCCUUAAGCAAACGGAGUGGUAGAAAAUGAAUUGUUGGUUAAAUACCGAGAGAUGCAAGUAUAUGCAUAACUGUAGAUUUUGAUAUCUUUUCUCAGUACAAACUUUACACGACUUCUUUUAAAAUGUUGAUGCAGAAUUUAUUUCUGCUUUUAUAAAAUUUAAUGAUGGAGAGGACGUCAUUUAUGGGUGAGAGCCCGUAAGUAGAGCAACUAUGGUACACUUGUAUAAGUACUAUUACUGUUUUUAACCAUGUGUUAGUUACUCUGUUCACUUUAUUGAAACAAAAUGUAAUUUAUGAAUUUGUUCAUUUUUUGCGAAAAUAAACUACAGCAAAUAUUUUGCUAAAUUUU